GCCGACGCUGGCGGCGCUGGUGCCUCCGCGUUGUGCAGGUUGAGCGCCCUCGGCAUGUCGCUCGUGACCGCGGCGGCGUGGCGGCGGGUUGGCGACAGGCGCGGCGGCCGGAUCGUCGUCUUCGGACGGAAUUACGAGUGCAACAUCAAAGGCAAAAAGGGGCCCGCGGAGAUCGCGCAGGGCAAGGUGACUGCGAGGCACCUCCGCGGCAUCUUGAAGUGCGCCAGGGAGGGCGGCGCAGACGAGUCUUCGAACAACAGACUCAACAGGCUGAUCAGAGCAGCAGUCAGGGAAAACGUUCCGCGCGACACUAUCUCGGGGCUCAAGGCGUUGACCGAGACCAAGGAAGCCUUCCUCGAGCUGGAGAUCUCGGGGGUCGGCCCGCAGGGCGUCGCGGUCGUUGUGAAUGCGACCACGGACAACGCGGUCCGCUGCCGCCGGGACGUCUCGGAGACGUUCAAAGCGAGCGGCGGGAAGGUGGGGAACGACGGUUGCAUGUCUCACAUCUUCAGGGAGGAGGGCAUAUUCAUAUUCGAGGAUGUCAGCGAAGAUGCAAUCAUGGAGGCCAGCAUGGAGGCGGAGGUGGAGGACGUGCAGGAGGUGGACGGGAAGUGGAAGUGCACCACGCUGCCCGAGAACUUCAAUGCGGCGAUGGAUGCAUUCGACGCAGCCGGCUUGGAGCCCGUCUCCAGCAGUGUGCAGACCGUGUCCGAUGUUCCAGUAGUUCUGAACGAGGAGGGCACGUACGAGUGUAUGCGGAUGUUGCACAUGCUGGACGAUCUAGACGACGUUGAGGAUGUGCACCACAAUGCCAUCUUGCAGGAGGGGGUCGAACUGGUAAUGAACCAAUAUGGGUUACCCCUGAAGUGGGAUAAUCCAAUGCGUGUGAAGAGUGCUGCUUGA